AUGGAUGUGAUUGACAAUUUCGAAUUUGGCUGCGGCAAGUACAACCGAGGCCUUUUUGGCGGUGCCGCAAGGUUGAUCGGACUCUCAGACGAUAACAUCUCCAUCGUGGGAGAAACCACGACCAAAUAUGGCAAGUAUUUCUCCUACUGCUUGGCCUCUACAACUAGCUCCACCGGACACUUGACUUUCGGCGAAGACUGCGGAGCAUCAAGCUUGGUUAGCUUCACGCCGUUAUCGAAGGUCCCACAAAGCUCGCAAUUCUAUGGAAUAAAAAUCGUAGGAAUCAGUAUAGGAGGGAAUCGUCUAUCAAUAGCAUCGACAGUUUUUUCAAGUGGAGGCGCCGUCAUCGACUCGGGAACUGUCAUUGCCCAAUUGCCUCCGACGGCUUAUAUCGCCUUGAGAACCGCAUUCAGGAAAGCAAUGGCGAAUUACAUGACGGCACCGGCGCUCGCUUUUCUCGAUACGUGCUAUGAAUUUAGCAAGAGAGCACCGUCAUGGUCCCGAUAA